AUGGGGCACAGAUUUGUGGAAGGAAAGACAGAGGGAAAGAAGGAAUUUGGGGGCAACGUGUUUCCAAAGACAUUGAAACCUCCUCCGGAGAUGAGCACUGAUGGCGUGGAUGAGUUGGUGGAUAUGGUGAAGGAAGAGAGAGAAUUGUUGCACAAGACUCUCGAGGCUCACUCUGCCAUUCUAUUCAAGGGUUUCGGAUUGAAGAGCACAAAGGAGUUCGGGCGUGUGGUGGAAGUGUUUGGAUGGGAAAACAUGACUCACUUGUCGGCAGCCCCAUGGCCGGUUCUGAGGCAUUCAGUGGGAGAGAGAGUUUAUGCUACAAAUGCGACUCACAGGCCUGUUGCUCAACCCAUCACCUUUCAUCAUGAGAUGGCUUUGACGUUUGGAUUCUCUGAUUAUUUAUACACGUUGACUGAUUGA